AAAGUCACUACAUAAGACUCAAUGUAUAAGGAUUUGGACUCAAAAUGGCGUCGAAAAGUGUACAUAGUACGCACUUUUGUAACGUAUAUACACUUUAAGUGUCAUCUUCUAACCUGCAAUUGUGUGCAUCUUGAGAAGCGUUCGUGACAACAAACAAUAUCGAAAAAUAUGCCAGGUUGUUGUGUGGAAGGUUGCAGAAACCGAAGUGAGAAAGGUUUUCGUUUAUUUCGCAUUCCAACAGGCGCAAAGAACAGAAGACGUCAAGAAUGGCUAAAAUUAAUUGACAAAAAUACAUUGUCAGCAAAUGCUGCUAUUUGUGAGGUACACUUUGAUGAGAGUCAAUAUGAACAACGUCGACAAGAUGGAAAAAAACUGCUCCGCCCAAAUGCGAUACCUAAUUUAUUAAAGAAGCACAAAGAGAAAGAAAUGAAGGAAAAGAGAGAUAAAGCUAGAAAGGUUGAAAAGGCUAAAUAUUCCAAUCCUAUCCAGGAUUCGGAAUCUCAUGACUAUACUGAAACAAUCAAUGUUGAAGCAACUCAUACUGGAAUAACGCAUGCUGAAGCAACCAAUAUGGAGAUAUCAAGAGACACUGCAUCAAAUACAAUCAGUGAAAAAGAACAAAUUAAAUGCUUACAGAGAACGUUAAGAAAGACAUUGCGGAUGUGCAGUCAAUUAAAAAGAAAGUUGCAACGAAAAGAUAGAAAUUUUGAAAAAGUAUUUACAAAAGAUCAAAUAAAUUUUAUCGCAAAAAACACACAAAGAGGAACACCGUGGUCUAUCAAAACUAUUAACAAAGCGUUGAAAUUAUAUGUAGCCUGUGGACAAAAGGGCUAUGAAGAAAUGCGUCGACAAAAUUUGCCUUAUCCAAGCAUUCGGACUAUACAACAUCACAUACAAGGCUUGAAAUGUAAGCCAGGUAUUUUAGAAGAAUUCCUGCAUAUAUUAAAACUAAAAGUACAAACGUUCAACAGUGAAGAAAAGCAUGCAGUACUUCUCCUCGACGAAAUGUCAAUAAAACCUGGCUUACAAUACGAUCAUUCCAUUGCUUCAGUUGUGGGACGGCCAACAAUAAAACUAUCAGGUGGAUUUGACAGUUCUCAACAACAAGCAACUCAUGCUCUUGUUUUCAUGCUGUGCGGCAUUUCCUCAAAGUGGAAACAAACAAUAGCAUAUGAAUUUACAGCAAAUUCAUUUUGCUCACAAGAAAUAGUUCAAAUAAUUACAGCAAUUAUUCAAAAAGCAAAUGAUAUUGGCAUAAAAAUAAAAGCAGUCAUUUCCGAUAUGGGACCACAAAAUAGGAGUUGGUGGAGAAUCAUGAAUAUCACAGUUGGUAAACAUUCUAAAAUCAAUAAUUAUACUACACAUCCAUGCUCUAAUGAGGAAAAAUUAUUUAUUAUGCCAGAUUCAGUCCACGUGUAUAAAAACGUUGCGUGCUCGUUAACAGCAGGCAACAAAUUUUAUUUGGACGAUACACUUGUCAGACUAUAUAACUUACCACAUAACGAAAUAUCAAUGAAACCUAUUCGCGAAGUACAUAAUUUAGAAAAAAAUGAUUCAUUGAAGCUGUGUCCACAUCUAAAAGAAAACGCUAUUAAUCCGUCUCAUUUCGAUAAAAUGAAUGUCUCCUUAAGUAUAGCAUUAUUAAACAAUAAUGUUGCAGCAGCUAUUUCAUAUCACAUAGGCAAUGGACGUAUUGAAAAUAUACAUAAAACCACUGCCUGGUUUCUUACAAUUAUGUAUAAAUGGUUUAAAAUUAUGACCAGUCGAUAUAUAAAACUUGCAUUAUCACAUAUUGAUGAAAAUGUGUACAAAGAUAACAUAAUAUUUUUAAAAGAUUUUAUCAAGAUUAUUAAAGGAAUAACAGUCGGAGAUGGAAAAUGGAAACCAUUUCAAAGUGGCUUAAUACUUUGCACUCAAACUGCUCUUGAUUUGCAAGCUGAAUAUUUAGAGAAAGAAAACUUUAAGUUUUUAUUAUUAGGAAGAUUCACUCAAGAUGCCUUAGAGAAUCUAUUUUCUAUCAUCCGAGGAAGAAAAUCUGUUCCAGAUGCACGUGAAUUCAAAUAUACGUUAAGACUUGUUUGUCUAUCACAGUUUAAAGCUAAUAUUAAUCGUGGUAAUUACUCGACUGUUGAUUCAGAUCAUAUUAUUCAAUAUUGUAAGGAGAUAAAAAAUUGUGAUUUAAAAAAUACCUCUUCAGAAGUACAAUCCCAGCAGAGUAUUGAAGAUUUAUGGGAUACAGGAAUAUAUGAAUCAUUACUUGGAAAUGAGACAGAUUUAAGCGAUGUAAUCCAGACAGCUUUGUAUCAUUUAACAGGUGCAUUACUAUAUAAGAUUAAGAAAAAUUUUAAAGUGUGCGAUCAUUGUUUUAAUGCUGUUGUAACAAAUUGUGCAAACGAUUUGAAUAACAAUAUAUGUUCUUUCUCUAGACUUAGAGAGUAUAAGGAAAAUAUUUUAACAUUUCCAACUAUGGAUAUUUAUAACAUUAUAUAUAAAUGUGAGUUAUUAUUUAGGAAAAACGAAACCAAGCUAAUUUUAAAUGAAUUAAAAGUUAUACAGUUUGUGCAAAUGUUUUUACAACAAUAUCCUGCAAACUUUAUUCCAUCGUGCCACAACAUUAUUUAUAAACUUAUAAAAACAUUUGUUAUAGCACGCAUCCAUUUUUCCCUGAAAAAGAAAACUAUUAAUGAAAUAAAAACUGUUAACAGUAGUAGGAGUGUUGCUAUGAAAGCAUAUGUAAGCAAACCAAAGCAUAAUAAAUAAAAAUACUUAUUUCUAUAA